AUGGAGUUCUGUCCAACGUGUGGGAACUUGCUGCGUUACGGUAAUUCACAGUUCUUCUGCUCGACAUGUCCUUACAUUGCCCGCAUCGAGAGACAGGUAGAGAUAAAGAAGAAGCAAUUGCUGGUUAAGAAAUCCAUUGACCCGCGCCAUGCCCAAGAUGCGGGCACGACAAGGCGUACUUCAAAACAAUGCAGAUUCGUUCAGCGGAUGAGCCAGAAUCGAGAUUUUAUAGAUGUGUCAAGUGCGAGCAAACUUGGCGCGAGGAAUGAUCUACGGCUUUGA